AUGGACCAACCUUCACGUCCUCGUAUUUAUGUUGAAAGAACCCUAGCUCUUUUUAAACCAAAUGCCGUCGACAAAGCAGAGGAGAUUGAAGACAUUAUCCUCAAAUCGGGCUUCACUAUCCUGCAGAAGCGGAGAUUGCAGCUCAGUCCAGAGCAGUGCAGUGACUUUUAUUCAGACCUGUAUGGAAAGCACUUCUUUCCAAGCUUGACUGCCUUCAUGAGCUCUGGACCCAUCAUAGCUCUGACUUUAGCUCGUGACAAUGCUAUUGCCCACUGGAAGUCCAUCAUUGGACCUGUCAACAGCAUCAAGGCCAGAGAAACUCACCCACAGAGCCUUAGAGCUAAAUAUGGCACGUCUGACCUGAAAAAUGCACUCCAUGGCAGUGAGUCGUUAAGUGCUGCUGAAAGAGAGAUCAAGUUCAUGUUUCCAAACUCUAUUAUCGAGCCAUUUCCCUCGAAAGAAGCUACAGCAGAGUACCUGAGCAAGUAUUUGAACCCGACUCUGCUACGGGGACUCACUGACCUCUGCAAGAACAAGCCAAAGAACCCCUGUAUUUGGCUUGCUGACUGGCUGAUAAAAAAUGAUCCAAACAGGCCUCAAAUAUGUGAUGGAGCCAUUAAUGAAGAAGCUGAAUUACAACAUGAUAAAAUGGCAAAUGUAUAA